AUGGUUGCUAUGUGUGGACCACGUCGCGCUGGGCAAGCAAGAACCGUCGAAUUAAAUAACGGCAUGGAAAUACCAUUUUUGGGACUGGGUACUUGGGGGAGUGUAGGGGAUCAAGGUACCGAAGCAGUCGUUAAUGCGGUGGAAGUCGGUUACAGAUUAAUUGACUGUGCUCCUAUCUACCAAAAUGAAUCGUGCAUUGGUAGCGGAAUAAAGAGUAUCUUAGAAAAUAAAGUAGUCAAAAGAGAAGAAUUAUUUAUAAUUAGCAAACUGUGGAAUACAUUUCAUCGACCGGAUUUGGUUGAGGAAGGGAUAUGUAUGUCCCUAAACGACUUAAGAUUGGAUUACUUAGAUUCGUAUUUGAUGCAUUGGCCAAUGGCGUAUCAUGAAGGAGAAACCUUAAUACCACGAGAUGCAUGUGGCAAAAUCAAAUAUUCAAGUGUAGACUAUAUCGAUACAUGGAAAGCUAUGGAAAACUUAGUGAAACUAGGUCUCACUAAAUCUAUAGGCUUGUCUAAUUUCAAUAAGGAACAAAUUCAACGAAUUUUAGAUAUUAGCACUGUACGCCCCGUUAUCCUUCAAAUAGAAUGCCAUCCAUACUUGACGCAACAUAAAAUGAUAGACUAUUGUCGGAAAAAUAAAAUUGUUGUUAUAAGUUACAGUCCCUUAGGCGCACCCGCUCGUCCCUGGGCACUCAGAGGUGAACAGCGUUUAUUGGAUGACAAGAUGCUGGAGAAACUAAGCGUAAAAUACAACAAGACGCCUGCUCAGAUACUGAUACGUUAUCAGAUACAACGAGGUAAUGUCGUUAUACCGAAGUCGGUCACAAAGGCACGCAUUAUAAGCAACUUUGAUGUGUUCGAGUGGUCUUUGGAAGAAAAGGACGUAAAAGAUUUGGACAGGAUGCUGAGUAUAACUCGCAUGUGUGAGCCUCGAUACGCUGGAGGAUCGGCGUUAGGUGAGCUGUGUAGCGCUUAUGAAAAGUUACAUUCAGGGCAAGCGUCUAUAGAGAUAAAAGAGAUGUCCACAUAUUAA